AUGGAGGACCUCGUGGCACGGACCCAGGCCACCGAAAACAAAAUGAAGGAGUUGGUGGAGACUGUGCAGACUCAUGUUACAGAAAUUCAAGAACUGAGAGAGCAGAUACGCACCCUGGAAGAAGCCAACGAAGACCUUAACAACCGGACACGCCGGAACAAUAUAUGGGUGCGGGGAUUGCUGGAAAUGGCAUUCACUGAACUGCUCCCAGACUCUCUCUUGGCAGUGUUCCAACACCUCCUGCCAGAAGCCUCCGCAGCGGACCUCCUGAUGGACCGUGCUCACCAAGCCUAG